AUGCAGCAGAUCAAAGCUAUCAACAAAGAGGCAUUUGAAUGGUUGAUGAAAGUGCCUGCCAAUUUGUGGAGUAGAUCAAUGUUUAGCACAAGGCCUAAGUCUGACAUGCUAGCAAAUAACAUCUUUGAAUCAUUUAAUCAAUACAUAAAAUAUGCAAGGGAUAAACCAAUUAUAAUGAUGAUGGAGAUGAUCAGAAGGCAACUUAUGAGCAGGCUUGAGGAGAAAAGAAGUUGGAUUGCAACAUGCAAUAGAGUUAUAUGUCCCAAGAUUCAAUCAACUUUGGAGAAGCUGAAAGAGGAAACUCGAUUAUGGGAAGCAACAUAUGCUGGGAAUGGGAUAUAUGAGGUGAGAGAUGGUAUGAUGACGCAUGUUUCUGACUUGGCAAGGCAUAGUUGCAGUUGUAGAAAGUGGGAUGUCACUGGUAUUCCAUGCCCGCAUGGGAUUGCUGCUAUAGUGAAAGACAAAAGGCAACCUGAGGCUUUUGUCCAUGAAUUUUUUCCCAAGGAAUCAUAUGUGAGGUCUUAUGCAGAAAUUAUUAACCCUAUACCAGACCAAACCCAAUGGGUGCACACCGACCUUGAUGCAGUUAUGGCUCCACCAUUAAGAAGGCCAUCUGGUAGGCCAAAAAAGCUAAGAAGGAGAGCUGUUGAUGAGCCUAAGAAUCCAAAUGCAGUUAGGAGGACUCGCCAGUCUUUAAGGUGUAGCAAUUGCCAAGAAUUUGGUCAUAACACAAGAAAUUGCAACAAACAGAGGCAGAGGGAGAGGAAGAAAGAGGGGGACUUCAAACAGAGGAAGAGGAAGAGGGAGGGAUUCAAGCACAGGAAGAGGCAGGGGGGAUACAAGCAUAGGAACAGACAGGGGAAAUUCAACUAG